GUCGAAAUAAACUUGUAUACUUACUUUUAUUAAAUAGGACCGUAGGUAACUUUCAGACUUUAGAUUUAAUCUAGCUUUCUCAGUUUCUGGAGUCAUGAAUUCUUACGAAGGAGUGCCAAAUAAGAGACAGCGCAUGAAUGAUAACGGAAUAAACUUGAAGGGUGAAUAUGAAUCUUCUGAGAGCAGUGAACCUCCUCACAAAUUCAGCCACGGACCACCACCUCAGCCCAACAAAGUUUUGCUAUUCACGAUCAUCAAUGCAAUAUAUCCUAUUACUACAAAAGUAAUGGAAUCAAUCUGCAAAGAUAUAGGUGAAGUGCAGAGAAUUGUCAUUUUCCGCAAGAGAGGAGUGCAGGCAAUGGUUGAAUUUGACAGUAUACAAUCAGCUCAACAUGCUAAAGCUUCCCUUAAUGGAGCAGAUAUUUACUCUGGAUGUUGCACAUUGAAGAUAGAAUAUGCCAAGCCUGCUCGUCUUAAUGUUUACAAAAAUGACAAUGAAACUUGGGACUAUACUGGAGCGCUGGACAAUCCUGAACCUGGAAUGGGACAGCAACAAGCUCUUCUUGGUGACGCCCCUGCAGGGUAUGGACGUGGGGGUUAUGGUGGAGGUAUGGGAUCGGGAAUGGUGCAUGCUCCUCCCAUGCGUGGUAUGGCCCCAAGACCUCGACAUCCUAUGUCUCCUAUGGGAGGCCUCGGAUCUCGCGGAAGAGGAGGAAUGAUGCCUGGCGUCAGACCACAGAGACAUGGAAUUAUGGGAGCACCACCUCCACAGCAACAGAUGCCUGACUACAAUGAUUAUGGUGGUGAAGAUUACGGACAAGGCAUUAGCCAGAGUCCGGUUGUGAUGGUCUAUGGUUUGAAGCCCGAGAAGAUGAAUGGAGAAAAGCUAUUCAACCUUUUAUGUCUAUAUGGAAAUGUGCUGAAGGUAAAAUUCCUGAAAAGUAAACCUGGUACCGCAAUGGUGCAAAUGGGAGAUCCAGCAUCGGUUGAUCGUGCAAUCCAGAAUCUUUCUGGAAUAAGAUUCUUCGGAGAAAAACUCACUCUUGGGCCUUCAAAACAGAUGUUUCUGACAGAUUCCGGACAAAUUGGUGAACUGGAUGACAAGACACCCAGUUUUGUUGACUUCUCAAAUUCAAGAAAUAACAGAUUUACAACAACCGAGCAAGCUGCCAAAAACCGAAUUCAAAAACCUGCUCCUGUCUUGCAUUAUUUUAAUGCACCUACAGAUAUGGAUGAAGAAAAGACAAAACAACUUUGUGAAGAACUGUCUGUGGCUCCACCAACAAGAUUCACUCAAUUCAAAACACGCAGUGAGAGAAGUUCAUCGGGUUUGUUAGAAUUCUCAGAUCGCAGUGAAGCGAUGGAAUGCCUUGCAGUUCUGAAUCAUUACAAGUUAGAAAACCCAGGUGGGCGCUAUCCAUACAUAUUGAAACUAUGUUUCUCAACAUCAAGCAGUUCACAAAAUUAUGGGCCGAAUUACCAGCGUGAAUGAACAAAGCAAGCAAGAACAGUAAUUGUCAUUAAUGUACAUAUUUUGUGGCAAGUAGCGUUGGACAAUAAAUUUAUGAAAAAUAAAGAGAAGUGACAAAGGACAAUAAGAACAUUGCUAAAAAAGAUGAAUUGAUAAUAAAAAUUAUUCUUCAUUGGAUUAUGG